CGAGGUGAGCCGUGCACCACAAACGCGGUAUGGCUCGCCGACUCUGCCGGCUCCCUCGCCUGUUCCCCCUCGUCGCCUCCGCUUCCGCCGCCAAGCCCCACCCCCACCUUCACCCCCUCGCCGUAAACCCUAAUCCCGCGCCUCUGCUCCCUUCCUUCUCGCAGCCGCCGCCUUCGCUUCCCGCUCUCACUCGCCUCUUCUCCUCCUCUGCGGGUGGUUCCAGCAUGGUGGUCAUCGGAUCGGCGGACUCCUUCACCAGCGUCCUCUCCAAGGUGCAAGAUGAGAAGCUACCGGCUGUGUUCUACUACACCGCGGUGUGGUGCGGGCCGUGUAGGGCGAUUGCACCUGUGAUAUCAAAGCUGAGCAGCCAGUAUCCUAAUAUUCCCUUGUAUAAAGUUGACAUUGACAUGGAAGGACUAGGAAGCAAACUGGGUGAUCUCAAAAUAUUCUCCGUGCCUACGUUCCAUUUCUAUCACAAAGGUCAGAAGACUAGUGAGAUAGUGGGUGCUGAUGUGAAAAAACUUGAAGCUGCCAUGGAAAAUCUCCACAAGCAGCAGUAGAAGUUUCAGAGAAGAGCUUAACCUGGAGGGACUCGUUUUCCUUCAUGUACGCUUUUAGGCUUCGUAAAUCUUCCACCCCUGGAAAGCGCCUACACGACUUCCUGAAAUUCUUUCCUGAGCUCAACAAAAAAUAGCUUCCUAUUAUCUUGUGUUUUAGUGCAAAAUCAGUCCAUGUGAAGAUGUCGUGAUGCUUGUGGUUCCUAUCGACGCGUUUGAAAUUGGGUCUUCAGCAAUGGACAACUUUGUCCAGAUAUUUCUCAUGUUUGGAUUGAGAGAGAAAUGGGGCACAAAUAAAGCGGGCCUUGAUUUAUGCUCUUUUCUAA